AUGGGUGAGGAUGAGUUGUUUGAUGUUAGAAUUGAAACCCAGGAAUUGGAGGAUGAUUUGUUUGAUGUUACUAUUGAAGGAGGAAGUGACCCAAAGGGUGAAAAUGUGUUUGACAGGGGGUUGUCUGAUAGGGAAUGGGAGUCCGAGACUUUAGAUAGUUGUGGAAAUAGUGAUGCAAGUGAUGAUGAUAGAGAUAGGUAUGGUAACUUUGGGAUAUUCUCCAUGCCCAAAAGUAUGGAAGACUAUAAUUGGGAAGUUGAGACGUACUUUAUUGAUAAGGAAGAAUUCACUGAGGCUAUUAGAACUUAUGGUGUCCAAAGUGGGAGAAAGUUAAAAAUUUUUAGAAAUGACAAAAGGAGAAUUUGUAUGAAGUGUUUGGGUGCGAAGGGUAAAUGCAAGUGGUAUGCAUAUUGUGCUUAUAAAGCAGCACAAAGUACAUGGCAGUUAAGGAGAAUUAUCAACAAUCACACAUGUAGUAGGGAAUUCAAUGUGCGUUUGAUGACUUCAAAGUGGUUAAGUGGAAGGCUGGAAAAAUCACUAAAAGAGAACCUAAAUAUGAAGUUGACUGAUUUGAAAAACAAAAUUGGGAGAAAAUGGAACAUUGGUGUUUCAAGAUCAAUGGCCUUUAGGGCUAAGACUAUGGCAUACAAGAACAUUGAUGGGUCAUUCCAAGAACAAUAUAAACGUGUUUAUGACUAUGCACAUGAGUUGUUAAGGUCAAAUCCAGGUUCCACUGUCAAAGUCCAUGUUGAUGAGAAUGAGGGCAAUCCAAUUUUCAAACGACUAUAUGUAUGCCUCAAGGCUUGUAAAGAUAGCUUCUUCUGUUGUAGGCCUAUUAUUGGUGUAGAUGUCUGUUUUUUGAAGGGAAAAUAUGGGGGAGAACUGUUAACAGCUGUGGGCAGAGAUGGAAAUGACCAAAUGCUUCCAUUGGCAUACGCUGUGGUAGAAGUAGAGAACAAGGAAACAUGGACAUGGUUUCUUGAUUUGAUGAUAGAAGACCUAGGAGGAGCUGAAAUUUGUUCUAAGAUCACUUUCAUGUCAGACCAACAAAAAGGACUGCUUCCAGCAUUGCAAGAACUGUUGCCUGGUGUGGACCAAAGAUUCUGUGUACGUCAUAUAUAUGCCAACUUCCGCAAAAAAUUCCCUGGAAAAAAUCUGAAGAGACUACUCUGGAAAGCAGCAUAUGCCACACACCCACAAGCAUGGGAGGCUGUAAUGAGGGAGAUUAAAGAAUUCUGGUCCAGGUCCAGAUUUACAUCAAGACCUGCGUCUGACACUGUUGUGAACAACAUGUCUGAGGGUUUCAAUAGCACUAUAGUAGAUUCCAGGAGUAAACCCAUCAUAACCAUGAUGGAAGAAAUUCGAAUGUAUCUGAUGCAGAGAUGGGCUUCCAAUAGAAAGAAGGUAAAUGCAUUUCAUGGUUCUAUUUGCCCAAAAAUUCAAGACAGACUGGACAAGGAAGCACAAAAGACCAAAUAUUGGUUACCAAGCUGGUCUGGACAACAACUAUUUGAGGUCAACCAUACUGCUAUGAUUGGGGAGAAAUAUGUGGUGGAUUUAGAUAAACAGGAGUGUAGCUGCAGGAAGUGGGCAAUAACAUCAAUUCCCUACUGUCACGCAAUCACUGCCAUCCGAUUUCUGAAUUUGAAUGCAGAGGAUUACCUCCCACACUGGUUUUUGAAGUCAACAUACGAGGAGACCUAUUUGUCCCUCAUAUAUCUUGUUAAUGGACCUCAUCUGUGGGAGAUGACAUCUUAUGCUGAUGUGUUACCUCCUGCUAAAAGAGUGCUGCCUGGAAGACCAAAAAAGAAACGAAGGCUGGAGUCCUGGGAGCUGAGGAAGGAUGACACCCAAGUCAGGCAAGGUGUAACCCAUAAAAGAUGUGCCAUUUGCAGAGCACUUGGACACAAAAGAAAUACUUGUCCGCAGGCACCUCCACCACAACAGCAACCAACUCCAACUGCUGAAGAAACACAAGCAAAUCAGCCAACUCAGGCAACUGAUAUCAGUGGUGGUCAACAAAGUCAGAUUACUGCAUCUGAACCAGUUAUGCCAGCAGCAACAAAUCAGCCAACCCAAAAUCCUUCAUGCCAACAUAGUGAAGUGCCUCAAGCAACCCAAAAUUCUGCAUGCGAACAGACUCAAGUGCCUCAACCAACAACAACAACCACAUUCAGAGAAAAACUGUCAUUUAGGAGGGGACCAAUCACGGAGCCAUGA